AUGGUGCAUCCGGAGAGAUUGUUGCUGUUUGCGCUGGUAUUAACCGCCGCUACCGAUCUUUUCGGGCGUGUGGCUGCUUUUGACGAUUUUUUGGAUGAAAUAUUUUCAAUAUUCUUCGACUCGGAAAGCGAAAGCGAAUCAUCGGAACCGGUACAGGUUAAUGGGAAAAAUGCCACCAUCAAUGUGAUGUGCGACAACUGCACGCUGACAAUUAAUUGUCCGAACUGCAACAGCAUGACGACGAUGGCCGUUGGUGGUACGAUGAUGACGGAACCAUCGUCGGCACCACCGGCACCGAACGGUGAUUCUGCUACACCGGUUACUCCGGCUGCUUCAGCUUCUACCGGAGUCACCAACCAGCCAGCCGUCUCAGAGCCAGCCGCACCGGGGUCACCAGCGGCAACCGAAACUGCUACAGCAAUGGCUGCCAGUGUGGCCGAUACUAUGGCAGGCAUGGAUGCUGCUGCCUCUGAGGCGCCACCACCUGGUCUGUUCUGA